AUGAAACGGCUUGUGAUUCCUUGUAUCGAAGGUCUUCAUCAUCAGCAAGUAUUCUUCAAUAGCAUGAAUCGGAAGGUGAAUGGGCAAUGGAUGAUUGCAUUGAUACAUGAUUGCUGCUAUCAUGAACGUCAUAUUUCUCUGGAUUAUGUUAAGAACGCUUUCAAAUUGUUCAAGCCUCCCGAAAGUGAAGGAUCGCUAAAGAACACUGAUAGCGCAAACAAUCCUCCAAACAUUCCCGACAAGCAGGAAACAAAGAAAAAGAAAAUUCCGAUUGAUAAUGAAAUAGAAAAGUUGAAAUCUCUCGAAAGCAAAAACAGAUAUGAUAAUAUCAUAAAUUAUUACAUGCUACGAAUGAAAGGAAAACCAUUUGAAAAACCAGACAGAGAUGUAGAUUUAUACUACUAUUUUCUAUAUGCUUUUUUUCGCAAAGGCCAACCUCAAAGUGCACUGGAUUGCUUUAACGAGUUAAAAGAGAGAAUUCAUAAGCCUAUACCCACCAAAUAUAGCAAUUUGAUAACCAAAUCAUUACUAGAAGCUGGAAGGGGUGAAGAGGCUCUAACUAUUUUGAAAGAAAUGCAAGAUGAUACUAAUUUAAAAUUUUAUCCACCGAAUGAGGAGACCUACGUCACGUUUUUCGACUAUUUCUCUAAAAAUGGGGCUUUGCAUUCUGCUCUCUCAAUGAUUGAAUACAUACACAAAACAUUUACCGCACACAAACAAAACAGUUUACAACAGAAAAAGUUAUCUACUAAUCCUGUUGCUCCAAAUAGAGAAGUAUUUCAACAUCUUUUUAAACUACUUUCAGACCAAGGCAAAAUGAAGUUAGCUACAAAUUUUCUCUAUAUUAUGACAAAGUUCUAUAAUAUUGAACCUAAUGCAAAUAUUUACGAUAAUUUUGUCUCUGGCUUUUGUAAAAGUGGAGACAUUUCUUCGGCUCGAACCUAUGUAAAUCUAAUUAAGAAUUUACACAAAUCCAACAAAGCAACACCCACUGUUGUGCAGCAUUGCUACAAUGAAAUAAUAAGGGCUGCAUGCCAGGUUCCUGAUAUUAAACUGGCUGAGGAGUUGAUGAAAGAAUUUCAUUCUUUAGGAUUUAAGGCGAACACCUUUAUUGCAAACUCAUUUAUUGAAGCUUAUACAUCAAUUGGAGAAAUCCAAUUAGCUCUUGACGUGUUCCAGAAAAUGAAAGAUGCAGGUGUUGCUUUAACACCUCUUACAUACUCAUUGAUAAUUACAUUUUUCACACGACAACGAAAUUUCAAUGUUCACUAUGAAGGACAUAUUAAUAUAUGUUGCAAUUUUCUGUUGAGAGGCUAUUUGGAAGCAGGGCAAUUGACUUCUGCAGUUAAAUUCUUUGAAAAGAUGAAGGCCAACAACAUUUUAUUAACGUCGCACACAUACAAUGCUCUAAUCAAUGGCUUCUGUAAAGCGCAAGAUCACACACGUGCCAUUGAAAUUUUACAUGAAAUGAAGAAAAAACAAAUUGGACCAGAUAUUUACUCAAUCACGCCUAUCAUUCGAAUAUUGCUUCAGAAGGGAGAUUUUGAUACUGCAGCUGCGUUGUUUAAGAAAUCAUAUUAUGUGUUCAAAGUUGUUCCUAAUUUCUACAUUUAUUGCAUGUUUAUGCAAUACGGAACCAUUCACAAACGAUCCGAUAUUUUUGACACCUAUUAUUACAUGGGACUAGAAUUUGGAAUGAAGUCACCUUCUGACAAUGCUAUUUACUUUUUUAAUCAGGCUAUUCAACAUCAUGCUAUUAUGAAAAACGCUGCUGAAUGUGAAAGAGUUCUGGAGGACAUGAAUCAACUACUCUGCACACCAGAUGACACAUCUUUUUUAUAUAUUGGUGUGGCGUGGCUAUUUGAACAAAAUAUUGUCAAAGCUCGCUCAUAUUUCUCAAGGAUAUCCAAAGCAAAAGAGAAGGGAUACUUGUUUGAGCAUCCUUUGUCCUUGGAAGAAUACAAAUUCAUUCUACUUGAAUUAAUCGAAGGAAAGAGACGAGUGCUUGCCAAUAAGCUGUUGUAUGACCUGUUACUUCCUCUUGGAAAGGUUGAUUUAGAAAUUAUCAAGGUUGGAAUGGAAAUUAAUAUCCAAAAUUUUGAAAGAGUUAAAGAGCUUUACGACAGCCUCCCCAAGUUUGGGCUAAACGCCACACGAGUCAUGGAUGACAUAAUCAUUCGAGCUAAGUCUCUUUCUGAAACGAAUCAAGCAGAGCAGGUUGUUCCUGAAGAAUGUAUUAGAGUUGUAAGGUACUAA